GGAAAUUCGAUGUGUAGAGACGCGUUGAACCGGACGCGGCUCUCUCUUGACUGCGAGGACAAAGAUUGUUCCUGUAUGUUUUUUUCUUUCGUCUGAAUCCACCAUGAGAUCAUGCCAUAUUUUCUGCGGAGUUCAGCGCAGAUUUAUCUUCCUGCUGCAUCUUAUAUUGUGUCUGAAACCUGCUAACGAGAUCUCUUCUGUCUGGAUGAAUAGUUCGUGCUGACAUGAACGAUCCGAUCGGUUCUCUGGCGCCUGCCUUUUCUACACCUUCCCUCGUCGUCUAAGCCUACAGUUGUCGGAAUCCGAGUGCAUCCAGCUGUUGAGUGUCAUUCUAAACAACAGCGAAAAGGGGACCUCGAUCCACCCGCUGCGCGACCAUGGUUUCCCGGUCCAGCGAAGCCAGUGAGGGGCCGCCGCCACCUUCCAAGGCCUCCGGCACUCCAGCCAAAACGCGACUGUCGAGACUCAACUCCAGCCCGGCCAAACAAGACAAACCGAAGGAUGAUAGGGUUGUCAAAUCGUCCGCUAAGGAUGUCGCGGAGCUUAAGGAUUAUCAAUUGGGCGACUGCCUGGGUAAAGGUGCCUUUGGGUCGGUCUACCGGGCCCUGAAUUGGAAUACUGGGGAAACAGUCGCUGUGAAGCAGAUCAAAUUGGUGGAUCUGCCGAAAAGUGAACUACGAGUGAUUAUGUUGGAAAUCGAUCUUUUGAAGAACCUAGAUCAUCCCAAUAUUGUGAAGUAUCAGGGGUUCGUGAAGUCUGCGGAAACUCUAAAUAUCAUUCUUGAAUACUGUGAAAAUGGCUCUUUACACUCGAUCGCAAAGAACUUUGGGCGUUUCCCAGAAAACCUGGUCGGUCUCUACAUGUCUCAGGUGCUCCAUGGUCUCUUAUAUCUGCACGAGCAAGGUGUCAUUCAUCGAGAUAUCAAAGGAGCCAACAUCCUUACAACGAAAGAAGGUCUAGUCAAGCUUGCAGAUUUUGGUGUGGCCAGCAGGACCACUGGGCUUAGCGAGUCCAGCGUCGUUGGGACGCCGUAUUGGAUGGCUCCGGAGGUGAUUGAACUUUCUGGUGCGACGACAGCUUCGGAUAUUUGGAGUCUUGGUUGUACCGUGAUCGAGCUUCUGGAGGGUAAGCCUCCUUACUACAAUCUCCAACCUAUGCCGGCUCUAUUUCGCAUUGUCAAUGAUGACCACCCUCCCCUUCCUCAGGGUGCUUCUCCGGCUGUCAAAGACUUCUUGAUGCAAUGCUUCCAAAAAGAUCCCAAUCUUCGUGUUUCCGCCAGGAAGCUCCUUAAACACCCAUGGAUUGUCAACGCUCGCAGGUCUGAUUCCGUGGUUCCCAAGAAAUCCACCGAGUACGAGGAAGCAGUCAAGAGCGUUCAGGAGUGGAACGAAGCUCUUCGUUCUCCGGACACUGGAACCCUGCGGAAACCGUACAGAUACGACGCUCAAGGUGCUGCUCUGCGCCCCGAAAUGGCUCCAUCUCGGUAUACCCCAACAAAGGAUAUUCUUCCCAGCCCGGUGUCCAAGCAUGUGACAGAUCGGUUCCGCUCGCCGGACUCCACGGAAGAAGACAAUUGGGACGAUGACUUUGCUACUGCUAUCUCUCCCAGCGCGCUGCAGCUUCCCCACCUUCGGCCACAGGACAAUUUUGGCGGAAUGCUUUCCUCCGAAAAGCUGAAGGCGUUUGCAUCCCUAGAUGGUACAGUGUUGAAGUCAGAAGAUGGCUUUGAUGACUUCGAUGAUCCUUUCUCUCAACAGCCCGGUGAAUCGGAUCCUCUUCGGACCAUUCGCCCUUACUCGGCCAAACCGACCGGGAUGGAGAACAUGUCACAGCAGACAAAGCCCACAUUAACUGCGAUGCACCACAAUGUACCUGUUCUCAAGACCCCUGUGCCACCAUUAAGACCGCAGCGCCCAACAUCGUACUUCAAGGAGAACUCGGUUGAAGACUACUCCGACCUCAUCUCUGCAAAUGAAGAUAUCUUGGAUGAUAAACUCAGUGCUUUCCAGGAUAUCGACGAAGAGGGCAGCGAUAUAUCGAUCUCUUCGCCCUCAAAGGAGGUAGUCCGGUAUCAGGCGUCACCGGAUCGUGAUGAAGAUCACCAGCCGCAGCUUAGAAAACGGAUAUCUGUCAAGCGCCACCGAUCAGCAAUAGAAAUACAAAAGUUCGCAGAAAACGAGCGAGACGAAGACUUCUCUGACAUUCUAGGCGCUGAUGAGGUUGCCUUGGAUAAGCCCGAAAGCGAUGAGGGCUCGGAUCGGAGUACGCUGAUGUUGAACUCAAAGCUAUCGAAUAAUUCAUGGCUUGGCGAUCAAGAUGAUGAGGACGAUCCGUUUGCCCAGCUUGAAGAAGGACUCGAUGAGGUGGAUCUGGAAGCUAACAUCGCGCGUGACAAAUACGCACGUUUACGGGGUCAAGUCGAGGGUCUUGUCAGCUCUCUGAAGACGUCUCAAGAUGAAGAUGUGCUUGGAGAAAUCUCGGAGCAACUGCUAACCGUGUUCUGUGAUCUUCCAGAGACGAAGAACAUCAUCAUUAGCGCUCACGGGAUGCUACCGAUCUUGGAAAUCCUUGACAUCUGCCGUCGGCGCGACAUUAUUUUGUGCUUGUUGCGGAUUGUCAACGCCAUCAUUUUCAAUGACUAUGAGAUCCAAGAAAACCUCUGUUUCGUCGGAGGUAUUCCAAUCAUUAACGAGUUUGCCUCCAAGAAGUAUCCGAGAGAGAUUCGACUAGAAGCAGCAGCCUUUGUGCAGCAGAUGUAUCAAACAUCUACUCUCACCCUCCAGAUGUUCGUCAGUGCCGGUGGUCUCAACGUAUUGGUCGAGUUCUUGGAAGACGACUACGAAGAUGAACGCGAUCUCGUUCUCAUUGGGGUGAACGGUAUCUGGAGCGUUUUUGAUUUACAGGGUUCGACGCCGAAAAAUGAUUUCUGCAGGAUUCUAUCACGCAAUUCUGUCUUGGAUCCCUUGUCACUUGUUUUGAGCCGAGUCUUGGACGAAGAAGGAGAAUUGGCAGAAAUCGUGGAAGGCCGGAUAGCCAACAUCUUUUUCAUUUUCUCGCAGGCCGAGAAUCACGUUAAGGAAAUGGUUGCUGAGCGAACAGUUCUGCACAGGGUCCUGAAAGAGCUGAAGCGGAUGACGCCCGCACACCAGAUCACUAUGUUGAAGUUUAUCAAGAAUCUGUCCAUGCUUUCAACAACUCUCGACUCGCUCCAGAACUCCAACGCCAUCGACGUGCUUACGGACUUGUUGAGGUCGACCAUCAAACGGCCGCAUUUCCGGGAAGUUAGCAACCAGAUUCUCAACACUAUCUACAACAUGUGUCGUUUGAACAAGUCCCGCCAGGAGGAUGCUGCACUGAAUGGCAUAGUACCGCUUCUCCAGAAGAUUGUAAAGACCGAGCGGCCGCUCAAAGAGUUUGCGCUGCCGAUUCUUUGCGACAUGGCGCAUUCUGGUAAGGUCGGACGGCGCGAACUGUGGCGCAAUAAGGGUCUGGCUUUCUACAUUUCUCUGUUGUCGGACCCGUACUGGCAGGUGACCGCAUUGGAUGCUAUAUUUACUUGGCUCCAGGAAGAAACGGCCAAGGUUGAGGAACACCUAUUGGAUAACCGCUACGACAAGAUGUCCUUUACGGAUUCCAUUGUCAGGUGCUUGACGAUUUCCAAGGCGAACGCCUUCGAGAACAUUCUCGAGCCACUGCAAAAGCUUCUGAGACUGAGUCCGCCUAUUGCCUCGACAUUUGCGCGUCCUGAUCUCUUCACAAGGCUAGGGCAGAAACUACAUCACAACAAAGCCGCUGUUCGGCUGAACCUCCUGCGUAUUAUCUCGAGCAUCUGCGAUUCUAGCGAAGAACAAGGUGGCCUUCUUGCGAAAUAUGGACUUUUGGAAGCAAUCCGGGAAUUGGAGCAUGACCCGGCCAUUCUGGUUAGAGACAUGGCUGGCAAGCUGAUCCAAUCCAAUGAGCGCAGUGAAUCUUUCAGUCUCGAGAAGCGCAAGCCUGGUAUGAGGCGCAAGAGCACGUCUACCACGCCCCCAGGCUACCUUGCGAACCAAUCCGCCCCAGCCACCCCACAGAUCAAUCGGUUCAACCAACCCAAGGCUUAUUUCGAUGGACGGGAAAGCCAGCGGCACCCACGGCCCUCCCUUAGCAGCUCGGCUCUGGCAUUACGACCAGGCAGCAGGGAUGGCACUAGCCCUGCUCUGUCAGCUGGGCUCAGCAGCAGUGCCGGCCCGUCGAGGAACAGACUGUCGCGAGGAGUGGCUAACAGGCUAUCACAAGUAGAGCUUCUGGCUGAGGAGGAGACUCGGCCGUCGAGUUCACUCUCCCGUCGACGUUCCAUCCUUCCUCAGCGCCGACGACCCACGCAUGCUGAUUCCGACUGGGCGUCCUAG